AUGAGCACACUCAACCCAAUCAACCCGAAGCCAUUCCUGGCAUCGCUCUCUGGCAAGCCGAUCAUCGUCAAGCUCAAGUGGGGCCAAGAGUACCAUGGCACUCUGCUCGCGAGCGACGGCUACAUGAACUUGCAGCUUGGCAACACGAUCGAGCACGUUGAUGGCGAAGAAACACACCGACUUGGCGAGGUUUUGAUCCGAUGCAACAAUGUUCUCUAUGUCAAGGCUGGCGAGGAGCAAGCAGCCAUGCAGAGUUAACUCUUGUCUGGAGUGUUCCCUCCCCCCGUUUUUGUUUUGUUUGUUUGAAUUGUCUGAUGAAAACAAGAAAAAAAAUUCCCCG